UUUGCGACCCCUCUCUCUCUCUUGCUGGCUUUUAUGAUUUUUUUGGGCUCUUUUUUUCUCUCUCUCGGUCUUCACGGCUCUGCCUCCUUUUCAAUCUCUUAUUUUUUCCUAUUUUUUUCUUCCCAAAAUUAGGGUUUUGAGCUUUGUAAGUUUUUUUUUUUGGGCUGAACUGUUCCUGCAACUCCUUCAAAUCUCGACCACUCCGCCUCCUUCGUCACUCUGAAAUCUACACCCUAGAUUCACUGUUCUUUCUAGGGUUUGCAGAUCUAACCAGCUCUGCUGAUUUGAUUUGCUCGGUUCUCUAUUCUUUUCAUUUUGUCGACAUGUUUUGGAAGCUUACUUCUCUCUCUGCCUCCUCACCUGUGGAGUCGAUACUAGACAAGGAUAAUUUUACUUUGGAGGAGCUUCUGGAUGAAGAGGAAAUUAUCCAAGAAUGCAAAGCUUUGAACAGUCGUCUCAUUAAUUUUCUACGGGAUAGAGCUCAAGUGGAACAGUUGUUGCGAUAUAUUGUCGAAGAACCUUCUGAAGAAGCAGAAAGCAAACGGGCCUUCAAGUUUCCAUUCAUUUCAUGUGAAAUUUUUACAUGUGAAAUUGAUGUUAUCUUGAAGACUCUUGUUGAAGAAGAGGAGCUUAUGAAUAUACUUUUCUCCUUCUUGGAACCCAAUCGUCAUCACAGUGCAUUGCUUGCUGGGUAUUUUAGCAAGGUGGUUGUGUGCCUCAUGAUAAGGAAAACAGUGCCACUAAUGAAUUAUGUUCAAGCCCAUCAGGAUGUUUUUCGUCAAUUAGUUGACUUGAUAGGAAUUACUUCCAUCAUGGAGGUUUUAGUUCGACUUGUUGGCGCUGAUGAUCAUGUAUAUCCCAAUUUUAUUGAUGUUAUGCAAUGGUUGGCUGAGAGUAAUUUGCUAGAAAUGAUUGUGGAUAAAUUGAGCCCUUCGUGCCCUCCUGAAGUUCAUGCUAAUGCUGCUGAGACACUAUGUGCUAUAACUCGUAAUUCUCCAUCGGCCUUGGCCACUAAACUUUCUAGUCCAAGUUUUGUAGCAAGAAUUUUUGCUCAUGCUUUGGAGGAUUCACAUUCAAAGUCUGGCCUUGUGCACUCGCUGUCUGUUUGUAUAUCUUUGUUGGAUCCGAAAAGAUCCAUGGCUGCUUCUUCCUUAUUUCAUUCUUUUCGUAGCCAACAUAUGUAUGAUACCUCAGUCCCAGUUAAUCAAGAGACUGUAGGUGCAAUGCUUCCAAAACUUGGUGACUUGCUAUUGCUUUUAAGUGUGUCAUCUGAUGAGAAAUUGUUACCCACAACAUAUGGAGAGUUAAGACCACCUCUUGGAAAGCACCGUUUAAAGAUUGUUGAGUUCAUUGCUGUUCUAUUGAGAUCUGCUAACGAAGCUGCAGAGAAAGAGUUAGUCAACUCAGGAACCAUUAAACGAGUCAUUGAUCUUUUCUUUGAGUACCCAUACAAUAAUCAAUUGCAUCAUCAUGUAGAGAGUAUCAUAUUGUCUUGUUUAGAUAGCAAGAGUGAUGCCAUUGUUAACCAUCUUCUUCAGGAGUGUGAUUUGAUUGGGAAAAUUCUCCAAUCAGAUAAACAUCCUGUUCUUUCUGGUGAUGUUGUUAAGCCAACAAUACCGGCCCCUGGAAAACGUGCACCACGGGCCGGAAACCUUGGACAUAUUACAAGAAUUGCUAAUAAGCUUGUUCAAUUGAGGAACUGCCAGGGCCGCAUCCAGGAAUUUUUUCAGGAUAAUGUUGAAUGGAGCGACUGGCAGGCUACAGUUCUGCAGGAGCGUAAUGCGGUUGAAAAUGUGUACCGAUGGGCUUGUGGCCGACCAACUGCUUUGCAAGACAGGACGAGAGACAGUGACGAGGAUGACCUGAAUGACAGGGAUUAUGAUGUUGCAGCUUUGGCAAAUAAUCUAAGUCAAGCAUUUAGAUACAAAAUAUAUGGGAAUGAGGAUGCAGAAGAGGACCAUGGGGCUCUUGAUCGCGAUGACGAGGACGUCUACUUUGACGAUGAAUCGGCUGAAGUAGUUAUAUCAUCCCUUAAACUCGGUGAUGACCAAGGGAGCAGUCUAUUCACCAAUUCCAACUGGUUUGCAUUCCAAGAUGACAGAAUUGGUAAUACACCUGUGGGAACGUCACCCUCAGAGAUGAUGGAAGACAUAAACUUAAAUGGAACUGCAAACGGUGGCAAUAGCAGUAGUGAUGAUGAGGUUGUGGUUGGUGAAGAUGAUGAGCUUGCUGGAACCAAAGAUUCUAACAAUGGAACAUCCAGUUCUGAUGCAAACAUCAUUAAUGGAUCUAGUGGUGGUAGUUUGGAGAGUAGUGGAAAUUUGAACCAGGAGAGUGAGAGGGCAAGUGCAUCUCAUUCGCAUGAGAUGGGAUUCUUUAGAUUUGAAGCAACAGACAACGAGGACUUGUUUGGAGAUAGGCCUUUGCCUGAAUGGGUUGGGUGGGGUGACUCAUCAGAUUUACAAGUUGGUGGCUCCAGUGUGAACCCAUUUGUUGAUUCAGAUAGCCUUACGGUUGCUGAUUCAAGUAAUGAUGAGUUGGUAACUCCUGAUGAAAGUUCGCCUUCAACUACAGAUUCUGGACUUCCAAAUGGCUCACCAACGACUACAGGUUCUUCUGAAGGGUCACCAGGCAGUGACGUGGCCCAGAGAAAUGUGGUAGUACCUUCAUUGUUUGAAGAGGAUGUUGAAUUUGUAGGUGUGGAAAUAGAAGGCACUGAAAAGGCUAUGGAGCAAGCUCUUAAAGAGGGGAUAGUUGGGGAAGCAGGGCCAUUGAAGAGAAAUGUUAAUCCUAAGGUGCAAGAGAAGGAGAAUGCUGAUGAUGGACCUGGAAUGAAAGAGUUCAAUGAUGCAAAUUAUUGGAGGGUUGAUCAGGAGGUGGCUGUCCUUGAAUGAUAUGGUGAUGAUGAUGGUUAUAUCCUGCUUAGGCUGUUUGAACCCAAAAGUUGGGUCCAACAGCCUUGGACCCCAUUUUUUGGUUGCUAACGGCUUAUGCAGCUGCGACGGCGGCGGAUAUGUACAGUAUGUGGGAUGGUAGGUUGUGUUAUGGUUUAUCUCUGUUUAAUUGUUGUAACUCAUUGUUAAUUAUUCAAGGUUUUGUUUCUUCUAAUUCUCUGUACUGAUUUUGGGACUUCCCAGAUCCUCAUAUUUAUAUUUUUUAUUUCAUAUUUUGCUGGCCAGUCUUUCCUAAUGUGGGACUUGUUAUCAUUUUUGAAUCUGGACACCCAAGUAUGAUAUUAGUUUUGGAUUUCUCAUUCAGAACCUGUCUCAUUUUUCAAGCUUCCAAGAUUUUCUUUUAGCGGUGUUGUGACUGCAAAGAUGGCUGGCUUAGACUCAUUAGCUGUAUAAUAAAAUGCUGUAUUCAAAUUUCAGUAGUAAUGUAUUAUUGAAAGUCAACUUUCCUUCUGAUCUACAAA